AUGGGCAAGAUUCAGUUCCGUGAUUCGGAUUCUUCACAAAAAGUUGUUGGAGUGAAAUUUAGCGCUGGUAGUAGUGGCUUUAUUCGCCAGUCAUCUCACAUUCAAGUUAUAAAUGAUCGUCUUUAUGAAGAAGGAGCAAGAAACUGGACACCAGCCAAAUGCGGGCCGCUCGAUCAACGGCUGGUAAGUGCUACCAAUUGUGUGGGACACUUUGGCUAUGUCGAUCUGGCCUUUCCAGUAUUUCACGUCGGUUAUUUUAAACUAAUCAUACAAGUAAUUCAAUGUAUUUGCAAGAAUUGUGCUGGUCUUCUACUGAGCGAAAAUCAGCGAUCUCAUUUUCUUAGACAGAUCGCAAAUCCUGAUUUAAAUUACCCACAACGGAAAACUCUCCAUAGGAGCAUCGUUGCGGCAUGCAAAACGAACUUUUGCCUUAGAUGUGGACAGAAAAGUGGAAUUGUACGGAAGGCUCCAGGAUCACUACUAAAAAUUGCAUAUGGAUGCGAGAUACCUGAAUCCGAGAUGUCCGAGUACUCUGCUGUCAUGGAGGCUAAUUCAACAAUUCGCGAUUCUCUCCACAGCACAAAGUUCACUCUUUUGAAUCCGUUACGAGUUCAGAAGUUGUUUAGUAAUGUCAAGGAAGAGGAUAUUCCAAUUUUAAUGCUACGCUCAGGGGAGGCUAAGCACCCUAACGACUUACUUUUGACAAAGAUUCCUGUGCCACCGGCAUGUAUUCGACCAUCAGUACCGUCAGAAACGGGAAGUGGAUCAACCGAAGACGAUUUGACAGUGAAACUUGCUGAAAUUAUUCUUAUCAAUAAUGUGCUGCAAAAGCACAAAGAAGGCGGUGCACCUAUGAAAACAGUUAUGGAAACAUGGGAUCACUUACAGAUACAAGUUGCACUAUACUUCAACGGAGAACUGCCUGCUUUGCCACCAGAACUGCGGCAAAAGAAGCCAUUCCGUGGUCUGUACCAACGUCUGAAGGGUAAGCAUGGUCGUUUCCGUGGGAAUUUAUCAGGAAAACGUGUGGACUACACCGCCAGGACGGUGAUAUCGCCAGAUCCGAAUUUGAGGAUCGAUGAGGUUGGUGUACCACUUGAGGUGGCGCUCACUCUGACAUAUCCAGAAAUCGUUAACGAAUAUAAUAUUACGCGCAUGAAGAAGCUCAUUAUUUCUGGACCGGAUACUCAUCCUGGUGCUAAUUACGUCGUCGACCACGUUUCUGGAGUAUGGCGAUACAGCAACCGUGAAAUGUGUGCCAAAAAUUUGAAGGUUGGUGAUAUUGUGGAACGCCAUGUUGAUAACAAUGAUAUCGUAUUGUUCAAUCGACAACCAUCUCUUCAUAAGGUGUCAAUAAUGUGUCACCGUGUAAGGUUAUGCCAAGGAAAGACGUUUAGAUUAAAUGAAUGUGUCUGCGCUCCCUACAAUGCUGAUUUUGACGGUGACGAGAUGAAUUUGCAUGUACCACAGACACAAGAGGCGAGAGCCGAGGCCAGUCUACUAAUGGGUGUGAAAAGUAAUCUUGUUACCCCGAGAUCCGGCGAGCCGUUGGUGGCUGCCAUUCAGGCUUAUCGUCUUGCCGCCUCCAUCAUAGACCAUGAUAUCAAGAAACAAGCGCGACUUCGUUUACCAACGCCUGCGAUUGUGAAACCGGUCAGGUUAUGGACCGGAAAACAGCUGAUGAGCCUAGUUAUUUCUGACGAUCUUAAGAAUCCAGUGAAACUGAAUUUAUCAGUGCCGAAUAAAAGCUACACCUGUGGAAAAGAGCUUUGCUGUAAGGAUUCAUUCGUUAUCAUCCGUAAUGGUGAACUAUUGAGUGGCGUACUGGAUAAAUCACUGCUCGGUACCGGCUCGAAAACCAGUAUUUUCUUUGUUCUUCUUCGAGAUUUUAAUGAAGAUGCUGCAGUCGAUGCACUGUUAGUUUUUUGGACUGCUUUGUACACUUUGUUUCCUGUUGUCCAAGGAAUCGGUGAUGUUCGGCCUAGCUUACAACUCUCUGAGGAGAAGUCAUUGCUCUUACGCGAGGGUUAUGAGAAAUGUCAAGAGUACAUUGCUCAGUUCAAGUCGGGGCAGCUCAAACCUCAACCUGGUUGCACCAUGGAGGAAACCCUCGAAGCAUCACUCCUCAAAGAACUUUCUUCGAUUCGUGACAAGGCCGGAAAAGCUUGCGUGGAAAAGCUGUCGAAGUACAGCUCGCCUUUAGUAAUGGCAGUUAGCGGUUCCAAAGGAUCUUAUAUCAACAUAUCUCAAAUGAUCGCCUGUGUAGGCCAGCAGGCCAUUUCUGGUCAUCGUCCACCGGAUGGGUUCGACAAACGAUCCUUGCCGCACUUCGAGAAAUCGCAAAAGACCCCAGAAGCUAAAGGAUUUGUGGAGAAUAGCUUCUUCUCUGGUCUGACCCCCACUGAGUUUUUCUUCCACUCGAUGGCGGGUCGCGAAGGGAUUGUCGACACAGCAGUGAAGACUGCCGAAACGGGAUACAUGCAGCGACGACUAGUGAAGAGCCUCGAGGAUCUCUGCGUAAGCUAUGACGGUACGGUUCGUUCUUCUAGCGGUGAUGUCAUUCAGUUUGUUUUCGGAGAAGAUAGAUUAGAUCCAGCACUAAUGGAAGCUAGCGAUGGCUACGUGAUAAAUUUUGCUCAUCAAUUAGAGCAUAUACGGAACACUAUUCCAUUCAACCAUGAUGAGGAGCUGGACCGGGCUGAAAUGGAGACCUUGUGCAAAGAGGUUAUCGAAGCCGAAAUUGGAGUUUCUCAUCCAGAAUUUCGAAGGCGAAUAGAGGCCUUCGUUGAGGAGAUCAUCGCCAAGUCCUCAGCUGCCUACAAAAUUCCGAGGUUUUGUGGUGACCAUUUGAAAGGGAAGACUCAAGUGCUGAGGCACUGCGUCUCUCGCGCUCAGUUAGCGGCUUUUCUUGAAAAAUGCUGCUGGAAGCUGAAAAGAGCUGUCAUUGAACCAGGAACAGCAGUGGGCGCAAUCGCGGCGACUAGUAUUGGUGAACCUUCUACGCAGAUGACAUUAAAAACGUUUCAUUUUGCUGGUGUGGCGUCGAUGAACAUCACACAAGGCGAGAUAUGUGAUUACAUUGAAGAGGUCGUUAAGCCGGAUAGUGUAUUUUUACUUCUGAAGCUGAGUGCGAAGCGGAUUAAAUUGCUCAAUCUGGAGGUAACCAUGUCUGGUAUUGUGAAGAGCAUUAUAAGCUCGAAGAGCUACAUCGCGAUCAAAGCAUCACAGAUAACCGUUGUCGGUAAAUCGAUGCUGAUAGUUCGACCAUCAAGUGAUAACAAGCGCAAUAUGUUGAUAACACUCCAAAUCAUGAAGCAGUCGCUGCAGAAGGUCAUCGUCAAAGGUCUUCCGGAUGUAAAACGUUGCGUUGUGCGUGCUGACGAGAGGAAUGGUGACAAGUACAGUAUCAUCGUUGAGGGCAAUGAUUUCCUCCGAGUUUUAUCUCAAGUUGGAAUCGACCCACGCCAUUCGAAUAUGAAUAAUGCAGUAGUAGUGGCCGAGGUGCUUGGAAUCGAAGCGGCGCGUACCUGCAUAAUCAAUGAAAUUCUCACAACCAUGGAGGCUCAUGGUAUAACUUUGGAUAGAAGGCAUGUAAUGUUGCUGGCAGAUGUAAUGACCUAUCGCGGUGAAGUGCUUGGCAUCACACGAAAUGGUUUGGCAAAAAUGAAAGACUCAGUGCUGCUGCUGGCGUCAUUCGAGAAGACCAUGGACCAUCUGUUCGAGGCGGCGUUCUACUCGCAAAAAGAUCCAAUCCGUGGCGUGUCCGAGAGCAUCAUUCUGGGUGUUCCGAUAUCGAUCGGUACCGGAAUGUUCGGAUUGCUUCAGAAAACGCCCACACCGGCAACUGCUUCGAAAGUGCCUAUAUUUAUGAAGCCCGAGUUCGGACUCAAAGUUUGA